AUGUGUCCCGUUUCUCUUUACGCUUGCUCAGGAGCCGCUCAGACCAUAUCAGCGCAGGGUCAGAACCUGGUGACGAAUAAUGUCUCUGUGGUCGAGGGCGAGACAGCCAUCAUCAGCUGCCGGGUGAAAAACAACGACGACUCCGUCAUCCAGCUGCUCAACCCCAACCGACAGACCAUCUACUUCAGAGACGUUAGACCGUUGAAGGACAGUCGGUUUCAGCUGGUUAACUUCUCAGACAACGAGCUUCUGGUGUCGUUGUCCAAUGUGUCACUCUCGGACGAGGGACGGUACGUGUGCCAGCUCUACACGGAUCCUCCGCAAGAAGCCUACGCAGACAUCACUGUGCUGGUUCCACCAGGCAACCUAAUCUUAGAGUCCCGCGAGGAAAUCGUGAGCGAGGGGAAUGAGACCGAGAUAACCUGCACCGCCAUGGGCAGCAAACCUGCUUCCACCAUCAAAUGGAUGAAAGGAGACCAACCACUGCAAGGUGAGGCGACUGUCGAGGAGUUAUACGACAGGAUGUUCACUGUCACCAGCCGGCUCAGGCUCACCGUCUCUAAGGAGGACGAUGGAGUGGCCGUCAUCUGCAUCAUUGACCACCCAGCCGUGAAGGACUUCCAGGCCCAGAAAUACCUGGAAGUGCAGUAUAAACCAGAAGUGCAGAUUGUGGUAGAAUUCCCUGAGGGUUUGACCAGAGAAGGGGAAAAUCUCGAGCUGACAUGCAAAGCUAAAGGAAAACCGCAGCCUCAUCAAAUUAACUGGCUCAAAGUGGAUGAUGAUUUCCCCUCCCACGCCGUGAUUACUGGCUCUGAUCUCUUCAUCGAAAACCUUAACAAGUCCUACAACGGAACAUACCGCUGUGUGGCAUCUAACUUGGUGGGAGAAGCCUAUGAUGAUUACAUCCUUUAUGUAUAUGAUUCAAGAGCAGAUGGAGCGCCACAGAAAAUUGAUCACGCCGUCAUCGGCGGCAUUGUCGCGGUGGUUGUGUUCGCCAUGCUUUGUCUCCUGAUUGUUCUCGGACGAUAUUUUGCAAGACACAAAGGUACUUACUUUACCCAUGAAGCCAAAGGAGCGGACGAUGCCGCAGAUGCAGACACUGCCAUCAUCAACGCAGAGGGGGGACACAACAACUCGGAUGACAAGAAGGAGUACUACAUUUAAACUCUGACUAGAUCUGCUAGCUUCCUGUGCUGAACAGCAAACUGUGGACUGCUGGGUUGGGAGGUAGGGGUUGAGGGUUUCUAUCAGGCUGGAUUCACACCUGUGCAGCUGAAGAGACGGUGAGGAGAAGGUGCUGCCAUCGAGACGGACGGGGUGUGGGAUGGCAGAGCACUAGGAGAGCUCAAUUUUAGACCGCUUCACCAUCCAACACCUCCUGCUGGGGCCGGUUUUGUUCAGUUUAAACAUUUGCUAAGAAUUUUGUGCCUUGUUCUGUUCUUACUGAAGUUCCCACUUUCAUCAGGACACCCACAAGCUACUGUCUCUCGAACGGUCUGAACCCACAGUUAUUUUGUUUUCGUUUCAUUUCAGUUUUUAAUUGCCAGCACUAUCUCACGCCGUUCUGUCUGCAGGUCUGAAAGAAUGCCACACACAAAGUUUCGAUGUAAGAUUCGGUCACAGAACGAUCGCUUGGGUUGUUUUCAUGGAUUGAUUUCAAAGUAAUUUAUUUGGCAAACUGCCUGUUGCUCUCCUUAGUCCCUUAGAGAAGAUAGAAACACUUUUGUUGUGACCAACAACAUUCAGCAGCAGUAUUGUGUUGCAUUAUUUAUUAGAUAUACUGUAUGUGAUUAUAAUCGGCUUGUGUUGAUAUUAGGGCUGUCAAUUGAACACAUUACUUCAAUACCAUUAAAUAUAUAAAAAAAAGUAAGUAAUGCCCCUGAUCCAUAUAUAAAUGACAUUAUACAUUUUUGUCCAAUCUAUUUAUUUAUUCAAAAUAAUUCUCUUAUUACUAGGCAUAAUCUUUUAAUGUUUUUAGAAGACAAUAUGAAAACUACUGCACUGUUUAUAAAUAUGUGGGGGAAAAAAUCUAAAUCAUGUGGCACAU